ACUAGGGAACGCCUACCCGCCAGAGGAGGUAUUCGAGUUUACAGGCCUUAAGCAUUAAGUAGGCCUUGCGCUAGCAAGCUAGUUCCAUGCAUAAAUUGCAUAUUGUCAUAACACUUGCUCUCCCAAGUUGACUUCCUUUCAAGCAUUCCUACUUCUGUUCCUCCAUGUAUUCUGUUUGUUUGCUCCAUACAUUUUGGCAGUGAGUGCCUGAAAUCACUGAACAAUGUCUGGUAUUUAAGAAAAGAUACUAUUCCUACCCAGCACCUUGGGCCAUACUUCCAUGGAAAAAAGUUUGGAGUUUUACCUGAAAACGAGUUAGGAAAUUCUAAAUCAAAGAUCAAAAACAAAAUGGAGGAAAACAGAAAAAAGGAGAAUAUUACUUCUUGUGACCCACCAUCCUGUGCUUCCUUGUCAGUGUUCGAUGUUGAUCCUGAUAUGCCAAAUCUUUUUUUAGAUCAUGGUGAAUGUGGAAAUCCGCAGAACCUCACAAGCCGCAAACGCAAAUUAAAACUUAAUGUAAGCACGCAGAUAUGGUCAUAUGAGUGCGUUAGUUUUUCUGAAGACGAAUCAUCAAAUUCGUCGCCUCCACCUUUGCUUCGUUUCGAUGAAGAUGACAAGGAGGCCUUUGCUUCUUGUCUUUCUCCGAAAAAUCAUUUUGUGCCAGAAGAUUUAACUCUUCCUACUCCCGAGAUUACUGACCCCGAAAAAAACGCAGGAUUGGAAGAACAAACAUCUGUUCUUAGUGUUAGUUCUACGGCCGUAUCUCCUAAUUCUCGUUGUUUGACCGAAAUCAAAACUAAAUUGCGUAAGCCUCCUUGGCGGAAAGCUCGGGCUCAUCGGUAUUGCACCUUCGUAAGCGACUCCCCCUUUCCGGGUAGACGACGUACCAGGAAGACAAAAUCCAAAAUAGCAUUAAGUUGCAGUGGAAAAUACCUUAAUGAUAUUCGGGGCUUGGAAUGUAAAACCGGACGUCAGGUAGAUGAAAUUGAUGGUUUUACAAUUUCGUCGUUUUUCACUGCUGAAGACCUUAACAACUUUUGCUCCCAACAUUUCCAAAUGAACGGAAACAUGAAAAUCUUCCCAAACCUUCCCCUAGAAGUCAAUGAAGCCAAGAUUUGCAGUCCUUCAUCCAUCCCGAAUACCUCUGUGUUGCAGCACACAGUCAAAACCACGGAAGAAGAGGCGCAUUUUUUUAGUUGUAAUUCCAUGGUCGUCUCGAAGAAUUCCGAAGUUCGUUAUUCGGCUAGAGCGAAAGUUCAUUCAGGGAAGUCUACUCUACGAAAAGCUAGGCUUCAUCGGUAUUGUUCUUCGGCUAGCAAUUUUCCUUGCAUCGUUAUGCCGCCCAUUAAGAAGACAAAACCCACGAGGUCAUUGCUUAGUGAAAUAUUCAUUGGGGACUUUUCAAGUAUUGAAUGUGAAACCCUUCGUCAGAUUGAUGAAAUUGAUGGUGUAACAAUUUCAUCAUUUUUCACUUCUGAAGACCUUGACAAAUUUUGCACUCAGCAGUGCCAAAUCCGCACCAACGUAAAGGUAAUCCCAAAUUCUCCACUAGAAUACACCGAAACGGAGAAACAGGGUUGUUUAUUCGUCCCCUCUACUUCCGGUUGGCCGGACACAGCUGAAAUCAUAGAUUAUGACAUUCGUUCUGCUGGAAGAUGUUUUGCCGUCCGUGAGAGUUUACACCUCGCUGCUCCUGAUGAACGUCGUUCAAUAAUAUUGCCAACGCCGUCGACCUCAUCAAGUAGCAGUCAGCGUAAAACAGUAAACAAAAACAAAGGUGUAUUUUCAUGCGAUUGAAAAGAAAAAUGAGAGAGUUGAGGAAACAACUGGCCGGAACUCCGAAAGCACUAUCUUCUAGAAGACGGAGCCGACCAAGUGGUAGUAUAAUGUGUCUCCGAGUAAGAUUGGCACCACCCAAGGACCACGGCCCAUAUUCAACAACGAUGAAUUAUCCACGAGUUCCAUAAAUCAUUUGAUGUUUGUUUAAUUUUUUAGUUUUUGUUUUUGUUUUUUUGUUUUUUUCUGUUUUAAAACUAAGUUUCUUAUGGCUCUGUUUCCCGUCAAAAUUAAUCUGCUCACAAAGCAUGGUUAGGCAUUUUGGAACCACUUUACGUUUAAAAUUGAGAUAUUAGUAGGUUAUUUUAAGAUGUUGGUGUUUUUACGUGGAUAUCCCUUUUUUAAAUGUUAGUCUCUUGUUUAUUCCUUUGGCUGCUGAAUAGUUCCUUUUCCGCAUGAUUGUAAAAUUAACCGUUACGUUUGUGACAGUGUUCCUUCGAAUAAAGUUCUUUCGAAUAAAAAUGUAUUUUAAAAUA